AUGAAGCUGUCUACGCAAUCUCUCUUGCCGGCUUUUGCCCUGGCGGGUAUGGCACUUGCGGACUCCUUCCCUUUCGAGCGGAUCGACAAGAACGAUUCUCUGCUGUUGAUUCUCGAUCUCCAGGAGGGUCUCUACAACCUCGCCCGGGACUUUGACGCCACCCUGUACAGGGACUCGAUGAUGGCGCACGCGUCCCUGGGACAGAUCUUUGAUAUCCCUGUCGUGAUGACCACCUCGGCUCAGCAAGGACCCAACGGCCCUCUGCCCCAAGAGAUGCUGGACAUGUACCCCGACGCGCCUCUUAUCAUGCGCCAGGGUGAGGUCAACGCCUGGGACAACUCCGAGUUCCGCGACGCCAUCAGGGCGACCAACAAGUCGCAGAUCAUCAUGGGCGGUAUCGUCACCGACGUCUGCACGACCUUCCUGGCCCUCUCGCUGCGUGAGGAAGGCUACUCGGUGUGGGCCAACGUUGAGGCCUCGGGCACCACGACCCCCCUGAUCCGCGAUAUCUCCAACGACAGGAUGGCGCGUGCGGGCGUCCAGAUCGUCUCGCUCUUCUCCAUCGUCUGCGACCUCAUGCGCGACUGGCGCAACACGCCCGGCGCCGCCGAGCUGUUCCCCUACCUUGACAAGUACAUGCCUGCCUACGGCAUGGUCGCGAGGGGCCACAAGGCUGCCAUCGAGAACGGAACCAUCAUCCCUGGUGAGGCGUCGCUGCCUAACUAA